AUGUCAAACUUAGAGCUGCCAAAUCGAAGCCUACCUGUUCUUUUAAUCGAAGCAAGUAUUUGCGUCGCACUAAACAUUACAAGCAUCAUUGGAAACAGUCUGGUCUGUAUGGCAGCAUACAGAAACCCAAACAUGCGAUCAACCACAAAUCUGUAUAUCAUUGCCUUAGCAGUCAGCGAUCUGCUCUGUGCAACAAUAGAAAUGCCUUUAGCAUCUACAACGCUAAUCAUUGGAAGAUGGGAUUUUGGCGACGCAGUAUGCCAAAUGCAAGGUUUUAUUGACGUGUUUUCUACUUACGCAACCCCUGCAACCCUUGGUUUGACUGCAAUUAACCGAUACGUGAAAAUUGUAAAGACGAACCACUACAAAAAAUAUUUUUCGCCCCUCAGAUCCAAAAUUUGGUUGUGUUGUGUUUGGAUUUUCCUUUUUCUUUACUUAUUGACUGGUCGAGCUACAAAUUUACUCAGUUUUGAAUUCGUUCCUGGCUUUGAAGUAUGUGCUCUCGGUUUCGCAAAUAUGAGAGUUCGAAUCGUUCAUUUCUGCAUGAUGUUUGGACUGUUUUUCACUGUACCGCUAUGCAGUGGUAUGUUCAGCUACUACAAGGUAUUAUCCACUACCCAUCAACAUCAAGUGAACACAGCUCCAUCACUCCGUUACAGGACUAAUUGUGGAGGAAGCAGUUCAUUGAAGGAGAUACAUGUUACUCGAGUCUUGUUGUACGUGGCCACUGGAUUUUUGUGUAGCUGGAUACCAAUGUGGGCAUUCAUCCUUUGGAAGCGUUUUUCUCCAGAAACCUGUCUUAGAAAAGCAGAAAAUCUCGUUACUUUUUUUCUUUUUCUAAGUGCCACAAUAAAUCCUUUUAUUUACGCUUUUACAAAUUGUGGGUUCCAAACAGAAUUCCGCAAACUGUUGUGCUGCCGCCAUGCAUCAAACCAAGUUUCCGUGGCUGAUGUCGACGAAGUCAGCGAGAGGGAAGACGAAGCGAAUGUGUAA